UGGGGCGUGGCUUGAUGGUGACGUCGUGAAUAGCCCCUCUUUUUUUUUUACGGUUCAUGUCUUCGGGUAUAUAAGAGGGGAUCUUGGUCUAUGGAGACAGGAAGACUCGUUAACCAGUUCAGUCAUGAGGGCUUUGGUGAUUCUGGUCGCUGUUACUUACUGCUCAGCACAGCUGGUGCUGCCAUCAGCGCCAUGGGUGCUACCAGGAGCGAAUCUGCUCACCGUCCCCUCCAGUGAUGCCGAGGUCAAGUCUGUGCCAUUGGUCAGCCCUUACAUUCACCCCUUGACCACCCCUUACCUCCACCCGUAUGGUCUCACCCCCUACAGCCUCCCCUUGGGACACCACCUUCCUUACGUAGUGGCUGCCGACUCAACCCUGAAGGCUACUGAGUUCCCCUACGUCUACGAGAAGGUUGAAGCAUCAGCAGCACCUGCAGAGGAAGCACCUGCAGCAGUUGAAGAGGCCAGACGCCGCCGUCGCGACGUCUCAGUGCCCCUCCCUUACCUCCACGCGGUGCCCACGACAAAGGACAUCACCGUCGAGACCAAGCAGUUCGAGGCUAUCGACGCCGCCACCCCCGCUGACACCACCAAGAUCGAGCUGACCACCAAGGAGCACGAGUUGACCAUUCCCGCCGUCAAGUACGUGCAGCCCCACGUCAACUUGAAGCCCGUCACCUACACUGCUGUUUCUCCAGCUGUUCUCCCUUACACGGCUGCUGUUUCACCAGCUGUCCUGCCCUACUACGCUGGGUACCCUGCCCUUCACUUGCCAGGAGCCUUGGCAUCAGCUCCAGUCGUCAAAUUCGAAUAAUAGACUUGACCUCGGGUUUUCAUCUUUCUCAAAGUUGGAAAAAAAAUGGAAAAACUCUUUUGACUUGAAAUUGAAAACUUCUGCUGAAAUUAGUCCUAUUAACUCGAGCUUUGGUUUAUCUUUUAUAUACCACAACAACCUAAAACUUAAACCGUUCAUUGGUUUUCAAUUUCACGUCAGAAAAUGUUCAUAGAAACGAAAAUAAACCGACAUAACAGACCAUCGAAAGAGGAAAAUCGAAGAUAAAAUAUUGUGUGACUUUGUUACAAUGCCAUAAAGAUAUAGGCCUACUAGGACAAAAAAAAAAAAACUUGUUAUAUUCUUAUGGAUAAACUGUUAUGAAACUGUUUUCUGUAAUAAACUGCAUUUGAAAUAA